AAAAUAACAAAUUCUACUAAACGGUUCCAUAAUAUCAACUUUCUUGAAACAAAAGAAGAACCAAAAAAAAAAAAAAACUCAACAUCGUUCUUUCAUUAUUGUUUUAGAGUUCUUGUGAAUGUCUUCUGAACAGAGACUAAUAAGGCCUCAAAGAGGUCAAAGAGUUUUCGCUCCGAAGCUACUUGACGCUCUUCGUAGAUCAAGAAGAUGUUCAGAGGCUCCGGCAAGCCAUAUUAGCCGGAGGUGGAGAGCCACGUCGGUGCAAAAGGUCUAUUCCUUGAAGCUCUACGACGCUCUCCAGCGAUCACGACGUAGCACAAUGGUCCGAGACACCGCAGACAAAGUGCUAGCGGCUACGGCUCGUGGCACGACUCGGUGGAGCCGAGCCAUUUUGGUGAGUCGACUUGGGAGGAGUACUAUGCGUCGACACAAGAAUACAAAGCCUACGGUGAGGAGGAGGAGGAAGUUGUCGGUUGUUGGAAGUAGGGUCAGAGUUUUGGGUGGUUUGGUGCCAGGUUGUCGGAGAACGGCGUUGCCGGAGCUUUUGGACGAGACGGCGGAUUACAUAGAGGCGUUGGAAAUGCAAGUCCGAGCCAUGACAGCUCUAUCGAAAAUUCUGUCUGAGUUUCAGCCGUGUGAUAAACUCAGCUCUGCCUGAUGAUAGCCGAGUGCAUGAGCCAAUAUGGUGUGUAAUAGUAUUUGUUUUUAUUAAAAUUAUUUUACCAAUUUAUAAUCCGAAUGUCGCAUUAUUUUUAAUUUAUUGUUUGCCAUUGAAUACAAAAGUCAAAAUUAAUUACC